AUGAAAGAUAUUAAUUUGGAUGAAAUUGAUAAUUUAAUAGAUACUUUAGAAGGUAGAGUUUCAAAUAUCAAUACAUCAUUUAAAAGCGAAGAAUUUAAAAAAUCAGUCGAGAAUUGGAGAGAACAGCGUAACUCAUUAAGAGAAUCGUUAUUGGAAUUUUGGACUGAUAAUGAUGAAAAAAAUAAAUUUAUAAACUGGUGGAAAUCAUUAAAUAAAGAAUAUAGAACUGCAAUGAUUUUAACAUCUAUUGAUGAUUUAAAACAAUCUUUGGAUUUAUAUGACAACUAUUCACCAAUUGCAGCACCAGAACUACAAGAAGAUCAAAUGAAUUAUUUACUUUUAGAUCAAGUACCAAAGGAUGAAUCAGAUACAACUGUUUAUGAUGAUGAUGAUUUUUUUAAACCAAAACCAACACCAACUUUAAUUAAAUUGAUUCAAGAUAUCGUAGAUUCAAAAGAAAAUGAUACUAAAAUUUUUACAGGUUUAAAUAGAAUGAAGUUGUUUUUCAGUGAUUUAGACGAUCCCCAAUUUGCAGUUCAAUCAUUUUUAGUUGUUAGAAGUUGUAUAUUAGCUGGUUUUAUGGUAAAUAUUAUUGUAUUAUUUAAUUCACAGCUUGAAGAAGAGGAAGAAGCAGAAGCAGAGGGAGAGCAAAAGAAAUAA